CGGAAGGUCAUCUAAUUAGGUGUGAGUUACGAGAGAGAAGCUCAAUAAGGAGGAGGGAGAAUAUUCACAACCUGAGCGUUCCCAUGGAGGAGCUUCAGAUUCAGAUGUUGGUAGCCGAACUGAGCGACGACGUUUCGUCGUGCCAAUCGCCAACCAACCAGCCAAGUUUCUACCUGCCAUCGUCGUACCAAUAGAUAAAAAACUCGGGGCAGGCGAUGCGCCCCCAAUUUUUCUUCUCUUGUGCGUCUCAACUUUCUAGAAUUAUAUUGCUUACAUAUAUUAUAUAUAUACGUGAUUUGCUUGAUUCCCCUUUUGAGGGCGAAUGAGAAUGCAUAAAUUAAGAGAAAAGUGAAUCAGAGAUGCUAGGGAGUCCCAAAAAGAUAGCCAUGCCCUUUGCCAAAUGGGUUUCUUAUCUUGAUUGGCGUUGGCUGCUGUUUAUAGUUUCUCCUCUCUUUCUCUUCUUCUUCUUCUUCGUUUCUUCUUUCCCUUCUCCUCCUUUCAGUUCUUUUUCGCCUCUCCGGCACUUUCUUAUCCCUCCUGCCUUUCAAGGCAAUUCCACCGUCAAUGGGGAUUUUUUGUCCAAGGACGAGAUGGUGCUGCGGUCCAGAAUAGCGGUGUGUUUGGUUGGUGGGGCUAGGAGGUUUGAGCUCACUGGACCCUCAAUUAUCGACAACAUUCUGAAGCGAUAUCCCAACUCGGACCUGUUCUUGCACAGUCCACUCGACAAAGAUGCUUUCAAGUUCUCUCUCUUGAAGAAUGCGCCCAGGGUUGCUUCUGUGCGCAUCUUCCAGCCUCAGCCCUUGCCGGAGACCGAAUCUGAGACUCGAGUUCUUACGGCGCUCCAUUCUCCCAACGCCAUCCAGGGACUAAUUCAGUAUUUCAAUCUAGUCGAAGGAUGUCUCACGAUGAUAAAAAGUUACGAGGCGAAGAAAAUUUUGAAAUAUGACUGGAUAGUCCGAACAAGAGUGGACGGGUACUGGAAUCGUCCGCUGAAACCAGAACACUUCAUCGCCGGUCGGUACGUGGUGCCGGAGGGAUCUUCGUACGGAGGGCUAAAUGAUCGGUUAGGGAUUGGAGAUCAGAAUACAUCAAAUGUGGCCCUGUCACGUCUCUCGCUGAUACCGGCUUUAGAUUCCGCCGGAUUACAAGGUCUCAAUUCAGAGACAGCCUUCAAAGCGCAGCUGACCACGCAAGGGGUUUCAUACGCGACGAAGAGGCUCCCUUUCUGCAUCGUUUCGGAUCGGAGGUAUGAUUUCCCGCCGGGCGAGUUCGGCGUGCCGGUGGCUGCGUUAUCGAGCCCCGGUCCUUUGAGCGGAGCGAAAUGCCGGCCCUGCAGGGCGGCUUGUAAAGAGGAAUGCGUGGGGAGAGCGAUGUCGGUGUUGAACAGAGGAUGGAGCUGGACCCGUUGGGAUAACGGAAGCCUCCGUCUCUGUAACGCUUCGGGAGCCUGGGAAGAUGGAUGGGAGAGGCUAUUCGAUAAAGUCGCCGGUAAAAAAUUUGCGGGGGCGAGGAGGCGAAUUCAAACUAUGAGACUAGAAGAUUGCCUUCGAGAUUUCAAACAACUCAAAAAACGGGCAGUCACGUGGGACGCGCCGCCGGCGACUGACAUAUGUAAGUUGGGUUUGGCCCACCCAUAAGCGUAGAUAGAGUAAUCUUCUUUCUCUUCCUCCUCGUGUAAAAUUAUUUACGAGUAAUUUCUUGCAUUUAGAAAAUCAGAAGCCGUACGUAAUGACGGCCGUGAGAUGUGUUUUACAUUUUGGCUGCUCUUUGCUGCGCUUGUUAAUCUCUGAAUCAAUUCAUUGAAACCCAGGAAACGCUAAAUGGUAAACAUUGAUUGAUUGAAUGUACAGGGUUGGCCUUGUCGAUGGUUAAAA